AUGCCCUGGAUGCCAGUUCCCCCUCCUCGCCGGGGUAGGCUGUGUGCUCUGGGGCAGCCUUGGGAGCAGAUACCUGUGGGUGGUCCACAUGCAGAGGUGGGACUGAAACCACAGCCGAGCCCCAGGGGCCAAAGAACUAAAGAAGAAAAGCUGAAAUCUCUCCUCACAGUUGCACAAACUGUGGACUGUCACACCCACAACUGGUUUUGUAAACUCAGCACCUACAGUACAUCUGAAAACACAACAAGUCCUCCUGCAGCCAAGAUGGAUCUAAGCAGCUGUAGACUCUGUGGGCACAGCCAGUUGGUCCGAGUGUCCAGGCCUGAUGUGUCCUUCCGAUCCCUCCCCCCUGCCGGCGCCUCAAAAGACCAUUCAUCAAGAAUUUUGUAUCCAAGGCCCAAAAGUUUGUUACCGAAGAUGAUGAAUGCUGACAUGGAUGCAGUUGAUGCUGAAAAUCAGGUAGAACUGGAGGAGAAAACACGACUUAUUAAUCAAGUGUUGGAACUCCAACACACCCUUGAAGAUCUCUCUGCAAGAGUAGAUGCAGUUAAGGAAGAAAAUCUGAAGCUAAAAUCAGAAAACCAAGUUCUUGGACAAUAUAUAGAAAACCUUAUGUCAGCUUCUAGUGUUUUUCAAACAACUGACACAAAAAGCAAAAGAAAAUAAGGGAUUGAUAUCCCUUAUGUCUAUGGAAUUGCUGCUGAUCUUUUUUUCUUUAAAACUUGGAUAGAUUCCAAAAGUUAUAGUACUUUUGUUUGUGGCUUCACUGAGUAUUUAUGAAGAUAAUGUCAGAUCUAAGCAAAAUUAAGAGCGUAACAGAAGACUUCCAUGAGUUUUUGUAUUAUGUUAGUCUAUGAAAAUGUGCAAAGGUA